AAAAAUAUGGAAAAAUUACACAAAAGAUUACUGACGAGGCAGCAGCCUUUAAUGAUAGUUUACAAGAAGAUCGAACCACUCUCCGAUGGACUCGUGACCUUGAAUGUUUGGUUAAAGAUGUCUUCUUGGAUGAAAAAGGUCAUCCGACUAUCAAGUUUGAAUUGAUUAAAGACUUUGGAAAAAUCUUAUCUAUGGUGACGGAAAAAUUAAAGUUUAUUCCACUGCCACGAUUAGAAAA